AUGCCAACCGUCAUCCGACCAAACGGCGUAGUCGCGGGCAAAUGUACAGAGAAGCCAUCAUCACGUCAAGAGUUCUACAAGCAUCUGUCUCUCGAGAAUGGUGAUUAUGGGCGAGAUCCAAUCCAAGCAUCCAUCUCCGACGCAGAUAGCGACACCAUCGUAGCCUUCAGAAACGGAUUCGUGAACACGGUCCUCCGCGCCUGGGGAAAGCACCUACACCUAAAACUAAGACUCGAUGAUGUCUGGCUAGCCAUCCUCGUCCUGUUCAGCUUCUUCGUCAACGCGCCUGGUCGCGCUAACUGUUGCGGGAUUCGAAGGAUCAUCUAUAUUCGAGUGGUCGCGCUGUCUCACUGUGGUGGUUAA